AAGCAGCCCUUCUCUACGCUGAUUGGAAGCGCGCAGUGACCAAUAGCGGCACACAGGCGGAACGGGAGCCGCUACACAGUCCGGUCCUUUGAAGAACGCGAUUGGCUGCUGUGGUGUCAGGUUUGGGAGUAGUAAGAUGGCGGCGGCGAUAGGAGUAAGGGAGCGUAGUUCGCGGUCACAAUGGAGAAGGUGGAGGGUGCGGGUUCCAGUGUUGUUAAUAGUCGCCUUCGUACAUUGGGACACAGGAGCAGCUGAUCAGACGGAGGAAUAUUUAAAGAGAGAACACUCACUGAGUAAACCAUACCAAGGAGUCGGCUCCUCUACGUCAUCACUAUGGGACCUUUUGGGAAAUUCACUUGUGACCCCACAGUAUGUGCGUCUAACGCCUGACUUACAAAGCAAGCAGGGGGCUGUCUGGAACCGCGUGCCUUGUUAUUUGAGGGAUUGGGAGAUGCAAGUUCACUUUAAAAUCCAUGGACAGGGCAAGAAGAACCUAAAUGGGGAUGGCUUUGCCAUCUGGUAUACGAAGGACCGGAUGCAAGCAGGGCCUGUCUUUGGCAGUAAAGAUAACUUUGUGGGUCUUGGGGUGUUUGUGGACACGUAUCCGAACGAAGAGAAGCAGCAUGAGUCUUGGAGGAAAAGUUACUCUCCCUCAAUGCAGCGCGUGUUCCCUUACAUAUCCGCCAUGGUCAGUAACGGCUCCGUUACAUAUGACCAUAGUAGGGAUGGACGUCCAACAGAAAUUGGAGGGUGCACAGCCAUGGUGAGGAAUCUCAACCACGACACGUUCUUUGUCAUCCGUUAUGUGAAACGUCGACUUACGAUCAUGGUAGAUAUUGAUGGGAAGCAGGAGUGGAAGGAUUGCCUAGAUGUUCCUGGGGUGCGAUUACCUCGUGGAUAUUUCUUUGGUGCGUCUGCAGUCACAGGAGACUUGUCAGACAACCAUGACCUUAUAUCCCUGAAAUUGUACCAGCUGAGUGUGGAACGUACGCCUGAAGAGGAGAAGAUGGAUAAGGAAGUGUUCAUUCCCACUGUGGACAACAUGAAGCUGCCUGGAGAAACCUCAACAGAAUCCAUGAGUGGUUUUGCACUAUUUCUUAUUGUGUUCUUCUCCGUGCUCGGCCUGAUCUUUGCCGGAGUCAUCCUCCUCAUCGUGUACAGUAAGUGGCAAGAAAGGAACCGCAAGCGUUUCUACUGAAGAACCCAGGAAGUCUCCUCGAACACAGAGUAAUCUUCAAGACUUACACGCUGGUGCCUGCUGCUAGAACGAACUGUGACCUCCAUAGACUGGAGCAUAAAUGCUCAUAACACAAAAUGCUGGAGAUUUUGGAGAUUUUGCUUAGCUGCCUCCUUUAAAACAUUUCUGUUUUAAACACUGGGAUUUUAUAAGCUGCUAUUGAAGGUUCACUUUUCAUUAGAUCUGCCCACUGGUAUGCGAAGUCUUAGCUUUUUUUUUUUUUUUUUUAAAUUACCUCCACUGGAAUUCAUAUGAACUUCACUACCCUCAGAACUGAAUUACUUGCCUGCAAUCCAUCCCGUGUGAUUUCCAGCCUCAGCCAAAAUGUGAUUAUGUUCCUGACACCAUUAUCUGCAGUUGAGUUUUUUUGUUUUUAAUUUGCAUUAUUAUUUAAAUAUGUCAAUAUGAACAACACAGGAAUUUGUUACACUGGGACAGUGGGUCAAUAACCACAUACGACUUGGUCUUGGACUCGCUGGGCCAAUAAUAUAUAAUAUAAAUGUUACUAGUACAGAGUACUAUAUAUUCUUGAACCCGAUCAAUGCACCAUAACUAUGUAAUCUUUAUUUUUCAAUGUCGUGGGCUAAUAGUUAUAAGCACACAUUUGGGACCAGAUCCAGGCGCAAACUUCCCCAGAGGGUGCCUGUAGGCUAUCGCUUAGCGCUCCGGGAUCGAGGUAAUAAACCCUGCAGCUGGGUGGCAUGCCGUCCCUUAAUUUUUGCCACCCUAGGCCUGGGCCUAUUCGGCCUUGCCGUAAAUCCGGGCCUGGCCAGAUCAUAUGGUUUCAGAAUAGCAGCAAUCCGGCCCCAGUAUACUGUAAUUAGAGAGGGAGAGGUUAUCAAUUAGAGUGGCUAAUCCCCUUCUGAAUCAAACUUUAUUUGUUCUUUAAUAGCCACAAACCUGAAAAAGUAGCUACAUCCGAACACUUGUAGUUGUUGCUAAUUACUUGCCAUUGUGGAACACUGCAAUUGUAUGACACACAUACUCCCCUUUCCAAGUUGUAAGGCAGUGCCAAAUUUGUGCUUAUCCCAAUUGCUUACCAUGGGAAGUGAUUCGGCAAAAUCAUGCAUGUUUAAUUACUACAACUUUUGUGGGGUGUAAUUACUGCCCAGGAUAAACUUAAGAUAGCCAUAUGUGGGUUAAUAAAAGCUGCUGAUCCUUCAGUCAGCAACUUAUGGGUCCACCAUUCCUGACAUUAUCUGUCCAGAACUUGGGCAACUUUAAAAUCUCUACAGACAAAGACCACUUUGGCACAUUCAUUCAGUCCUCAUUCUGUGGUCUUCCUUGGGCCAGCUAUCAGAUCAGCCCAAUUUGAUCCUGUCUGGGAUGUGCCUAAUCAGGCCCAUAUCUGCUUGUUUACUGACCUCGCUAAAUGAGCAGAUGCGGCAGUGUAUGGCCAGCUUUAGCAACUUCAUUUAUCCAGAAUUGUUUUAUUCUCUCUCUAAGGUCAAUUAAAUAAUGUUAUCCCCUAUAAGGACAAAGCAGCUGCAUCUGAUGAAUUUUUUUAAUCGCUGCAGAUGGUAUGAACGGCCAUUUUAACAAGCAGCUGGUAUUUUAUAAACUGCAAUCUGAGAGCUGGUUUUUUUUAACUGCAUGCAUCAAACUUUAGCUAAUGGGGAGUGCUAUAUAAAAUGCAUAUUUUAAACACAUUGAAAGGAGCAAAAUCGUCUUUUUAUGAAUAUAGCACAGAACCCAUUGUUUUAAUCCAUACACAUAAAGUAGAGAUAGUCUGUAGCCUUUGAACAUUAAUUUAUUUGGAUUGUUUGUUUCUAUUGGAGCUGCUUUAAGGACUAAGAAAAAGUUUUCAGUCCUGUUCAUGUAUGUGUGAUUAUGUUUGUUAAAACAGAAAACAAGCUGUUUAUCACAAAAAAACCCUAGUUGCCUUGACUUUAUAAAUAUAAUAUGUAAUAAAUGUGGGUCCUGCAUCAGAUUAGGUACUUUAUGGGUUACCUGCAGAAAAUGAGCUAUUUUGUGGGUCUCCAUAUAAUCAUGUUACACUUUUGUAUUAUUUUUGUAGACACUGCAACAUCUGAUUACAUCCAGUUCCCUGGUGGCCAGUGGUUGUGUAAAAAGAGGUCAGCAGGUCUAAACGGGUAAAAAUGCAGAUCGAUGGUCUAGGUUUCUUACGGUCUUCUCAUUAAAGAGAUGCACAGAAUAUUCUUCAUUGGGUUUUUGUUCUGUUGUACAGAAUAUCGCUGAGGUAGACCAUGAGACAGGAUAGUCUUGUGUUUGGUUGAGUUGACUAGGCCCCACAACACGUUAACAUUCUUGCUCUACUUUACCUACAGAUUCCAACUUUUUCUUAUAACUGCUGUUCUUCAAGCCAAAUGCUGUUUACACCCCCUACAGCAGGAGUCCUCACCCUUUUUUACCAAUGAGCUGCAUUCAAAUGUUCUAAGAGUUGGCAGCAACAAACGCAUGGGAAAAAAUAUUCCUUGGGGUGACAAAUAUGGGCUGUGAGGUAGCCUUAUGUGGAUUGGGAGCCUACAUGAGGCCCUGCUUGGCCAAAAAUCUGUUUUUUUUUUAAUGCAAAAGAAACUUGUCUCCAAACCAGGAAUUGAAAAAUAAGCACCUGCUUUGGGAGCAACAACCAUGGGGUUGGUGAGUCACAUGUUGCUCAGGAGCCACUGAUUGAAGAUCACUGCCCUAUAAGGAGAACAGAUGGGAAAUAAGACCCUUAUUUUAGAAAGACACGUUUGGAACAUUUUUCUUCCGUGAUACAAGUCUGUGGCAUCUCAGCAAUUAAAAAAAUCUAUAGAUUUUGUGGGAGGAGUCAGCAAAGGUAUAAAAUGAUGAAUGAGGAGAAACAAUGCUUUAUGUUCUGCCUUUUUUCUUGUGUUGUUACAAUGUAUGUCAAUAAAUAAUUAUUUCCAUGACUAAAAA